AUGCUCAUUCAGGAACGAGACGACUCUGGCCGUCUCACUGCAGCAUAUGCGAUCGAUAUUCCUGUCUCAGAGCCCAAGGGACCUCUCAACGAGGCAGACACAGACAUAGAGCCGUCGAUGAGCAGCUCAAACGUCUCGGUGAGGGUUGGGCGGCAGCGGACUGAUUGGCGCAGGUUCUUCAGCAACGUGUUCUUACCUGCAGGAUACCCCGCGAGUGUCUCUCCAGAUUACCUCCAAUACCAGAUAUACAAUGCGCUGCAGGCGUUCUGCAGCUCUCUUGCAGGACUGAUCGCGUCGAGAGCGGUGCUCAUCGGCUUUGGCGUUGGGAAUGCGAACGCCUCAGCCACACAUGCUAUCUUCCUCACCGCGCUGCAGGAUGUCUUCUUCCGGCUGACCACAAUCGUUUCCGCGUAUGCUCUCGGAACCUCGCUCUUUCCCGAGGCCAAGACCUACCGAUUGCUUGCCGAUGUGUUCAACGACGCUGCGAUCCUGCUCGACACGCUCUCCCCGCACCUCGGCUCGCUUUGUGUCAUCUAUCACGUCCCGUUCCUUGCGUCGUGCUCGGGCUCUCCGGUACGCGUGGCGGCGCUCUGCGGGAGUUCGGCGUUCCGUGCGCUGUGUGGUGUUGUGGCUGGAGGGUCAAAGGCGGCGUUGACUGUGCAUUUCGCUGAGGGUGGUAGUGGGACUGUGAAGGGAGAUGUUGGUGAUCUCAAUGCGAAGGAUGGUAGCAAGGAGACGGUGCUCGCUCUUCUGGGUAUGCUGUGUGGAACGUUUGUGAUGCAUUAUGUACACAGCACCCUUGCGACGUAUGGAGUACUUCUCACACUACUUUCCUUCCAUCUCCUUGGAAAUUACAUCGCCGUCAGAGUGGUCAUUUUCCGGACGCUCAACCGUCAGCGAGCCAGCAUCCUCUGGAUGACAUAUCGCGCCAGGUCGAGGGAACAAGGCGGGAAUGCGGUCAAUGUUCCCGUUCUUUCUCCAGAGGUCGUCGCCUCCCAUGAGCGCAUAUUCACCGACCCCUCGGUGAUACGUGACACCAGCUCAUCGUCUAGGCCACGUCUCGCGAAAUGCCAUCUCGGCGCAUCUUUCGCCUCUCUCACCGGGAUGUCCGGUCUGUCAUUCGCCCUACCCUUCUUCGCCUCGCCCAUCAACAACAAACAAGCCCAACUCCGCCUCUCCGCCGCGGACCUGGAGAGCAUCCUCUCCAUCUUCUCCUCUGAGGCCUACCUUCUCUGGCCAAGCCCACACGCCCACGUGCUCCCGCACAUCCACGUCUGCAUGAAGGCCGGCCACACACCACUCGACACGCUCAAGGCGUGGACGCACGCGCACGAAACCGCGCGGCUCCUUGCAGGGCGCACGCCGCGUUCGUUCGACGUCGCACUUGCGGCGGUGCAGACGGCGCUGCACGCCGUGGAUGCGGACUUCUCAACGUUCGUGGAGAAGGCACGAGUGGCGGGUUGGCAGGUAGACGAGGUCGGUCUCGUCGUGGGCGCGCUGGGGUCGGUGGCCGUUGAUGAGGGCUUGGUGGGCGUGGAUGUGGGCGUGGAUGCUGGGCAUGCGGUGGGUUGGGAGGAGCGGAAGAACCAGUAA